UACAAGAUAAUUGUUUGGAAUCAUGCCUUAAAUUUAUAAGGAGUCGAUUUAUUGUAGAAUAUGAUAUUUUUUUAUACAUUUUAUUUUGGUAUUUGAAUUAAUUUUCGCUUUGAUUUCAAUAAAUGCAAUUACAUUUUUGUAAUUGUAGCUGAUGGAUGUAAAUAAAAAUUCAACAAAAAACAAAGAAGAUACUUCAAGUAAUUUAUGUUUAAGAAGACAUUUGGAUAGUUUUCAUCCAGACUGUAAUCAAUCUAAACAGCUUUAUGAUCAAUGUUUUCGAAAAUGGUUUGCUGAACAGUAUAUGACUGGACAACAUAAUAACACCUUUAAUGGAGAACAUGAUGCUUGUCAAAAAUUAUUUGAUGAGUAUACAGAUUGCGUAAAGAAAGGAAUGAAAGAGUAUGGGUUACAUUAUGAAGAAAUAGCAAUUUUCAACUUGGAGACAGAAAAGGAAAAAUCAAAACCUAAAAAAAAUUAAAAUACAUUUUGUUAAAUAAUGAAUAAUAAUAAUAAUGUUAAUAUUAGCAACUUAACUAAAAUUAAUGAAAAUGAAAGUAUAAAUGUCAAUUUAAACAUUAGUAAGUCUUGUAAAGAAACAAUAGAAAAUGUUGAUUCUUUAUCUCAGCUAGAAAAAGAUUUGGAUAGUAAAAUAGAAGAUUUACAAAAAAAGAAUAAGGAACGAAUACAAAUAAUGAAUGCACUUCAUUAUUACAA